AAAAAAGAGCCAAAAAAGAAGGGGGCAAAGAGAGAUAGAGAGAGAGAGGGGGCAAUAAAAAUGAGCAGAGUGUUUUGUAAAUCACUCAUUCCUUUAUUAGCUUUUUCUUCAUCUUCUUCCUCAUAUUAUUCAGCUCAAUUCAGAUUCAGACACUCUCGUAGACCUAACGUUUCUCCUAUGGCAACCGAAGCUUCAUCUUCAUCGUCUUCGCCAUCUCCGUCAUCUGCUAUUGAUUUCCUUACUCUAUGUCAUCGCCUUAAGACGACAAAAAGGGCAGGUUGGGUACGUAGAGGGGUUAAUGAUCCAGAGUCUAUAGCUGAUCACAUGUAUCGUAUGGGAGUGAUGGCUCUUAUUUCUGCUGACCUUCCUGGAGUUGAUCGUGACAAGUGUAUAAAGAUGGCAAUUGUGCAUGACAUCGCAGAAGCAAUUGUUGGAGAUAUCACUCCUGCUGAUGGAAUUUCAAAGGAUGAAAAGAGUAGACGAGAGCGAGCAGCACUAGAAGACAUGUGUCAACUUUUAGGUGGAGGUUCCCGAGCCAAGGAGAUCAGUGAUUUGUGGAUGGAAUACGAAGAAAAUUCUACUUUAGAAGCCAAAGUCGUAAAGGACUUCGACAAGGUGGAGAUGAUACUUCAGGCAUUGGAAUAUGAAAAUGAGCAAGGGAAGGAUUUGGAUGAAUUUUUCCAGUCAACUGCAGGUAAGUUCCAAACAGAGGUGGGUAAAGCUUGGGCUUCAGAGGUAGCAUCAAGAAGAAAGAAAUCCAACUAAGCUGUUAUGGUAGUCGAACCGGACUACACUUUGCACUAGGUGUAUUGCUGAUGACUCAAAUUCUAACUAGGUUGGUGGAAUCAUCACUACUUUAGUUCUUGUCUUUUCAUUUAGGAAAGGUAAAAAAGGUCUAAAUGCCCUCCCCUCCCCCCGCCCCCCCACCCCACCCCAGAGGUACUAGUCGAGAUUGUUCAAUCUUGUCCUCCAUUAAACUUUUGGGCCAUUGAAAAGGUCUAGAUUCCCCCGGUACUAGUCAAACUUUUGGGCCAUUGAAAAGGUCUAAAUCCCCUCCGGUACUAGUCGAAAUUGUUCAAUCUUGUCCUCUGUUAUACUUUUGGGCCAUUCAUAUCGCUGUAGUUAAAAAUUGCCUUGUA